AUGAAGAAGAAGAAUAAGAAUAAGAAGCACACAAAGCUGGUUGGCUUUUGCCGCAAGCAAGACGACAGAGUUGCUGAGGUCUUCUCCUUGUUCGAUAGAGGCAAAGGUGGUAGGAUUCUUACUAGAGAGCUAGGUCUUGUGCUGCGUAUAUUGGAUAAACAUCCAACUGAACUUGAACUUCAUCAACUGAUUGAGGAAUAUGAUCCGCGCAAGAGGGGAUGCAUUACCUGUGGUGAGCUGCGUUCAAUGUUAAAACGCGAGAUGAGUCCCCCUGUUGAAGAAGAUGUCUUGCUUAAUGCUUUCAAGGUAUUCGAUAUCGAUAAAAAUGGAUUCAUUUCAGCUCCAGAAUUUCACCAUGACAUGUUAACUUUGGGCGAAAAAAUGACGGAAGACGAAGCUAAGGAGCUCAUUUUGGAGGCUGACAUUAAUGGAGAUGGCUUGAUUGACUAUGCGGAAUUUGUCUCCAUGCUGAUGACGGAAAUCUGA